GAAUUUUCAGGCGCCUGAAGAAGAAUAGCAGACGCGCAAAAAGAAAGGAGGGGCGGAGCGCCGCCGGCCACAUCAACAUUUAGGCGACCACGGGAGGGGCGGCGCGGCGCCGGCCACACCAAGAUUUCGGUGACCACGGGAGGGGCGGCGUGUCUCCACUGCCUUCUUUCUAGCCAUACGGGCGGCCCGGCAACUCAAGCAGUCCACGGGCGCGGCGGCAACGACGGCGCGGUAACUCCGGUGACCCCCAUUUUCCCCCCUUUCAAUCUCGAUUUCACUCCUGAUUCGGCUCCCCUCCCCCAGCUCCUAGUCACUUCCUGGCUGUCCUGUAGGGCGUUCCCAUUGUCGGGAGUUGGAUUAGUCAUUUCGUGCUUCUGCUCCGACUCGGGGUCUAGGUUCUAUCUGCAAUCCGAGCGCGGCCGGGAGUUGGAUUAGUCACUCCAAUCCGAGGCCCCGCAAAUAAGGGGAGGAGGUUAGGUAGAUCUGGAUCCCCAUUGUCGUCUCCUUGCCCUUCCGUCUUGUCUCUUCUCCUGUACUGGCUGGCAAUCUCGUAACCAUCAGAAUCAAAAAUUCAAUCUUCAGAUCCAGUUAGUGCGGGAAGAACAUGUCUAAGCGUCAGCACUCGCACCUCGACGUCGACCGCACCGGGAAAAGGCCGCGCCGUGUGCCCAAGAAGCACCUCUACCUGGUGCUGGACGACUGGCACAAGGGCUUCAGCAUCCACAAGAUCGACGUGGACGCCUUGCAGGACACCACCACCGACGUCCUGCACCAUGGGUUCCCAGACCCUGCCGCUCUCCGGUUAGCCGCACCGGUGAAACGUCUUCACAUGGACUUUGCCGCCAUGGGCAGCGACAUCUUCAUCACCACCAACCCAUGCUGCCCGCACACUCCCGCCCUCGUGUUCGACACCGAGACGGCCGGGCUCACCAUGGGCCCCCGCCCACCGGUCCGACUCAUCGACACGACCACCUUUACCGUGGCCGGCGGCGGCAUGCUGUACGCGUUGACGCAUCGCCAUGUCCACGAGCAGCACUCCUUCGAGGCCAUGUCGUGGGCGCCAACGGACAAGGACGAGCCGUGGCCGAGCCCAACCAUGAGGUGGUCCUGGAAAAGCAUGCCCUCGCCGCCACCGUUCGCCAUGGACGACGUAAUCAGCUCUUACGCGCUGCACCCGGACGGGCACACCAUAUUCAUGUCCGCGCAUGACAUACGCUAUCAUCAUCUCCCAAAGGGCACCUUCUCCUUCGACACCAGGAAUGCCGAGUGGAGGUUGCAUGGGGAUUGGGCUCUACCGUUCCAAGGACAAGCCUACUACGACGACGGACUAGACGCAUGGGUCGGGCUUCAUAAGUACGGGUACAUCUGCUCCUGUGAAGUCGCCUCCCGCAGCAGCACAAGUGCGGUGGAGCCGGAGUGGAAGGUGACCAAGGAGAAGCUGUUCCACAAGGACCCGGAGAGGCGGCUGGCAUUUGCGAGGCCCAGUCUCGCGUACAUGGGCGACGGCAGCUUUUGCCUUGUGGAGUUUGCGCUACGCGAGGGAGUGGAGUUUAAGUGCGCCUUUGGUGACCGUGAUGGCUGUGUGCUCCACAUGAGCACGUUUGGUCUUAAGUAUGAUCGUAGGGGAGAACUGCAAACCACGCGCCACCACACUAACUCCUAUGUAGUGUCUAAGCAUCUCCAGACAUUUUCUCCUGUAGUGUUCUGGAUGUAAAGCUGUUUGACAUGUUUUAUGCAAACCAUGUUCGAGUAAUGUAAGCUAUGUAUUAUUAUAUGUGGGCACUGUAAAGAGAAAUAAAAAGGAAGUCCACUUCUCUUGGCAUUUUUGUGGAAAAUGAGUGAUUAUUUUUGCAUAACUGUUCUUGAAAGCACAGUGAUGAUCACACGUUACAAAAACUAAAAGUGGGGUUGUCUUUUGCUCCUGCAAUAACACUAUGUUAAAUAUGGAUGGUGAAAUUCUAUUGUAAUAUCAUAAUAGACAAUAAAAUUAUUUCUUAUUUUUAAGAAACAUGGCAGAAGCUCUGGCUUUGCAUUAAGGAGAAAUUAGAGUUUUCUUAUGGCAAAAUUACAAAUACUUGGUAAAUUCAUUGUGCAGCUAAUAGUGUCUAGUCAUAUAUGUUCUCGAAGAAAAAUACAAAUAACAUCAGGUCAGUAUACGGUGAUUAACAACUUCAUCAAAUGACUCUGUAUGGCACAAGGCUAUGGCUAUUUUUUAAGAUAAUUCAUUGUGCUCUACCCAUGUUAGUACUAUGUAGCUUGUAUUUUUGCAUCUCUAAACCUAUGGUAGAGCAGCUAUGUUUGUACAUCUGUUUUCAUCUUCUAUAUCUACACUUGUUUUGGAAUGGAGGGAGUAUAUUUUUCUGCACAUGCAUGCUUCCACAUCACCUGUUGUUUGUUCCUGUUGAUUUGGGGUGAAAAAAAUCAUGUCUUUUCUAUCCGAGUGGAAGCACCGAGGCAAAACCACAAAAAGAAAUAAAGGUAUAUGCUCUUGUCUUUAUGAUGGGACGAUGGUUCAGAGUUGUUCUGUUCUUUUGACGCCUUUUCAGUUCUACUCUUUGAUAUAUAUCUAUGUCUCUUAUGUCAUCCUAUUGUAUUUUUUUAUUUCCUUUCAGUUCCUAAUUCAGUAGCUUGCUUGUAAUGGAUGUACUCAUUACCUCUACUUUUGUGUGUUUCUAUUUUGUCUUAGAGACAAUAAUGUCGAAUUUACGAUCACAGGUAUUGAGCCACUCUCAUGGGAGUUGAUUUUCCCUUCUGAAUCUGAUAUUAGUUUACAUCCUUCCUGUUUGCCCUGUUUGCGGUGUCGCUUAGGCUAAUUUAUCUUCUUGGUUUUAUCACUUCUAUAAUCGUUCAUUAAACCCUGACAGAUUACAAGUUGACAUAUCAAGUCAUUGCUCUCAACUGACUGAUAUUCAGUGACAUUCAAAAAUAUAUACUCCCUCCGUCCCAAAUUUGAACUAAAGCCACUACACUUAUUUUGAGACGGAGGGAAUAUUUGAUUAUUUCCCAGUUUUAGUAUAUACAAUUGGUAUCCAAUAAAUUACCAGUUCUACUACGUAAGUUCACAAUUCAAGUUAUUACUCUCAACUGAUUGAUACUAUGACCUUUUUAUUUUUGCCUCUGAAGAUAGCUCUCCAGAUUAUAAAUUAUUCAGUUCAGUCAUGCAUGCUCUGACCUAAUUUGCUUCAAAUUUCUUCCUUCGUUGCAGUGAGCUGUAUCAGUUCACAUUACUGCUUCAAUGCAUGUGAUGUCUUUCCUUUGUUUAAAUUUCUUUCCAUCUUCUUCCCAUGCAUCUAUGUUAGAUCAAGUUAUUUAGUUCUGAUUGUGCGUGCUCUGUUUUGUAACUAAAUUUAUACAUGCUGAGUAAACUACACAACCUGAUUUGAUCGGCGAUCGCACUCCCCACAGAAGCUAAUGUUCAGAGGCCGCCUCAAUACUCGAGCCAACUUGUUCAAUAAAAAGUUCGGCAACGACGCAGUCUGCCCAAGAUGUGCCGCCUCAAAUGAGGAUACUCUGCACCUGUUCAUCUCAUGCCCGUUUGCUGCCUGCGUUUGGACUCGGCCAGGGCCAGGUUUCAAGACCUAUGGAUAGUUCAGCCUCUGCCCGCCUCCUCAGUUAGACUCCCGCCUCUUCCCGGAAGUGUUGCUGACCAUCCUGUGGAAGAUUUGGGACUCCCGUAAUGCUGCUGUUUUCCAUGCGGAGAACCAAUCGAUGUUGCUAACCACUAAGAACAUUUGUAAUGAGCAUGAAACUUUGCUUACAUAGAUUUUGGAACCCUACUGAUUUGGUAGCAGCCAGGUCUUGGCUCACCUACCUCUCUGCACGGCUUGCCGUCACUCUGUAAUCUGAACCUGGCCCUUUCUCGGCCUUGAUUGAGGUGAUAGAAUAAUUUCUCAUUUGAUAUUGUCAGGUGAAUCUGUUUUUGAGGAUCAGUUUUUAUAGUCCAU